GCUAGCUAAAUCAUCAUCUAAAGUCUAACCCGGCCAAAUAAGGUCGCAUCAAAAUACGAAAGGCACCACUUUUUAACCGCAGCAUUGGGUUGCGAUGUACCAGUCGGAAUCCUCAUCCCCUUCGUCUGGAAAGUUCGAAACUUGAAAUUGAUCGCCCCGCCGGCCGGAAAGUCUGUCUCGCCGGCACUGGGUUUAACCAAAACGAUGGUCGAUCCGAAUUGGGAGCUGAAGAACUGCUGUAAUCACGACCAGAAGUCGUUCCUUAUCACCAUCGGCGUUUACUCCGUUGUCAUCCGCGUUGUGCUGGGCAUGCAGGUACAUGCAAAUGAGGGGGGUGUGACAACAACACGUGGCGGUGUUUAUUGGUUGAUUUUGCCUGCUGGAUAUCUUGGUUCAUCAUUUUGGGGAAUGGCUCUCAUACUUGCAUCCACACAUCUAUUGACUGCACAAAUUGCUUCUGGUUGUCUUAUUAUAGCUCUGAUAGUGGCGCUCUUCUUUGCUAAAAAUUGGACGCUUCGAGGACUUUGCAUUGGAUUCAUUAUUUUCAUUGCUGUGAUAUGGGCUCUUCAAAGAAUGACUGGAGUGCGGAUUCUUCGCUAUGUAAUACUUUUCAUUGGUGUUAUGAACAGCUUGUUUUCUGUAUAUGACAUAUACGACGACUUGAUAUCGCGAAGGGUUAAUACAAGUGAUGCUGAGAAGUUCGCUGAACUUUGUCCAUGCCCUUGUAAUGGUGUUGCUUGGGGUGUUAUCUGGGGGAUGAUAUCAUUUGCAUUUCUUUGUGGGGCAGGGUACCUUGGACUUGUCAUUUUAUCUUGAGGUGCUAUAUAUGGCUCCUGCAUGCCAAAAUCAAUCUGCCCUGGAUUGUAUAUGAUCCCAUUUCAUUUAUGUUAUCUUACAUUAAAACAACCAAAACAUAAAUGAUUGGCUGAUUUAUGUGUGAUUCAUUCAUUGGCGUUUAUCUUGGAGUAAUACGGAGUAUAAUGUAGAGAAAGUACUUCGUAUUUAACCGAGUUAUGUUUAUUAUUUCGAGGUCCUUGUGAUGUGGAAGAGAGUACUUUUAAAUUUCUUGGAUUGUGAUUAUAAUUGAAGUUUCAAUCUUCUUACAAUGGAGCUGCUUGGUGCCUUUUGUUCCCUUUUUUCAUCUUGGAAAAUAAUUGUUCCAAAUUUUA